GUUUCGUUGCUCUAACCCCUAUUUAUACGAUCGUAAAACUUUUUUUAGUAUCAAGUGAUUGUUUACAGUGACAUUGACUGUAAUGGUUUAAUGCGAGGUAAAGUGAAUGUGCUUUUAAAACAUAAAAUGGUCUGAUGCGACUUAAAAUGGAAAGAUAAGAUGGAUUGCAUAUAAACAAGAUGGCGGAGGAUUUUGGAGGGAAAUUGGUAGUGCUGCUUUUGCUCACCUUUAAGUGUUCCUGUUUGAGGACCAGGGCUCUAACCAAUGAAGAUACAGUGGACUUUGUUCCAGUUUCCACUAUGGAAGUGGAGGCCGUGGUGGGGAGGACGGGGUCGUUGCCCUGCGACAUCGAGCCGGACUCGCACGAGGACAGGGUCUACAUGGUGCUCUGGUUUCGACACGCUGGUGGCAAACCGUUAUACAGUUUUGACGUGCGUGGCCGCAGCUUCAACAAAGCAUUACAUUGGAGUGACCCGCUGGCUUUCGGGAAGCGAGCCUACUUCGUGACGAUGUCCAGGCCGUCAUCUCUAACCGUGGAGGCUGUCCAGCUGGACGAUGAGGGAAUAUACAGAUGUAGGGUCGAUUUUAAAAACUCCCCUACAAGGAAUUUUCAGAUACGACUCAAUGUUAUCGUACCACCACAUCAGUUGCUGCUGUACGACGAAGCUGGUCGAGAUGUGGCAGGUGUCGUUGGGCCCUUAGAAGAGAGUGGUAACUUUACACUACUCUGCGAACUUAGAGGUGGUCGCCCUCAACCAACACUAUCCUGGCUGAUCAAUAACACACCCGUUGAUGACCACAUCAUCCUGAAAAAUGAUGGCAAAGUUAUCAUUAGUAAAAUCAGCGUAAGUGGCGCUGAAAGAAGCUGGCUGAAUAGUACAGUGAGAUGUCAGGCGACGAACACAGCGCUGUUGAGUCCACACGAACGCACCGCUAGGGUGGAAAUGAAUUUGCGACCAACAUCAGUAUCAAUAGCAGGGAAGCCUGGCCAGCUAUCGGCGGAUUCUGAAGUUACACUGGUCUGCAUCACACAUGGCAGUAGACCACCAGCCCAGGUCACAUGGUAUCGAGAGAACAGGAAAUAUACUAGAGGAAAGCACAGCGAGUAUAUGAACGAUACGUCAACUGUUAGUAAACUCAGCAUGUUACCGCAACCAGAAGACGAUGGUACAACGAUAAGGUGUCGAGCUGAUAAUCCGAUACUCAGAGUCGCUUUGGAGGACUCGUUCAAAAUGAGUGUUGUUUACAGGCCGGUCGUAACUAUGUCCCUGGGCAGCACCCUCAACCCGAAUGAUAUAAAGGAAGGCGACGACGUAUACUUUGAGUGCAACAUAAAGUCCAAUCCUAAAGAGCACCGCAUCUCAUGGUAUCAUAACGAUGAACCAGUCAGCCAGAACAUGUCUUCUGGGGUCUUCAUCAGUACCAAGUCGUUGGUACUCCAGCGAGUGACCAGACAAGACGUUGGUUUAUAUUUAUGCAGGGCAGCCAAUCAAAUUGGGGAAACUACCAGUCAGUCCGUGUACUUGAGAGUGCAAUAUGCGCCAACUUGUACUCAGCCCACACCAGUAGUAAUUGGAGCAAGACUUGACGAGUCUCUCCGUGUGAGGUGUACAGUCAGCGCUGACCCGGCCGAUGUGGCAUUUUACUGGCAGUUUAAUAACAGCGGGGAAAGCUUUCAAGUGUCUCCUGCCAGAUAUGUAGCUACUGGUGGUACCGCAAGCGAAUUAAGAUAUCGAGCGGCCAGCGAAAGGGACUACGGCGCGUUAUUAUGCAGAGCUACAAACACCGUGGGCACGCAGCACAAGCCUUGUGUCUUCCAAAUUGUUCCCGCCGCUCGUCCAUCGUCGCCACGCAACUGCACAGCCAAACGCAUUGUAUCAAAGGAUGUGUUCCUAUCAGUGAGGUGUUUAGCAGGAUACGAUGGUGGGUUACACCAGCAUUUUUUACUGGAAGCAGUCGGUGACAACAGCAGGGUGCUUGCUAAUGUCACUGCUGGGAAGGACGACCUGGUGGUUUGGUUAAACACCAGCUGGUCGGUAUUGGAAACCCUGAAUGAAGAUGAAGUAUUAGCUGUCAGCGCGCGCAAUACCAAGGGCGUGUCAGACCCAGUAAUGCUAAGUGAAUUGGUCUUCAAAGAUGCUGCCAAGCAAACAGAGGAAACAGAUCGUGUAAUAGCGAAGUUUCCACUCGCUGCUGCGUUUGCUGGUUCUGCUGCUGUUGUCACUGCAAUUGGGGCCAUCAUAGCGCUUGUCUUUAAGAAGCGUCACGAAUCAUCAACAACGAGCAAGAGGCCAUGUCAGAGUGUGGUGCAGGUUGACGCUCAGGGUCGACGCUACCUUAUAGCCUACCCCACGACACACAGCCAGGAGAAAAUGGAGACAAAACCCGAUAUACUAAACCCCAAACACAAUGAAGCUGAGGGUCCCCGAGUGGUUCUAGAAUCCAGUGACAACACAAGUUACAUCAUCCGAGAAGCGAACCCACUGCCUCACUCCACUUGUCUGCCGCACACCCCACACGACGAUAUGAUGCCGCAAAGAUAACAUACAAAAUCGGAUGUCAGGAGCUGUAAAUAAAUUUAUGUAAAUUAAAUCGCCAACGCUUAUCUUUAAGUGAAUAUAGACGAAUUCUUCCAUAUCAUAAAUAUUGGAAAAAUUAAACAUUUGU